AUGCAGUUUCUCAGCGCCGUACGACAGGGGCCAUUAUCAAAUUUGUGUUAUGAUAUUAGUAGUUUUAAAUAUUCUGCUGCAGAUGCUGCACCGUCUUCAUACGAGCGGCCAACACUCACUGUAAAUGAACUUACGGUUGCUGGACAAACGAUCAACGCAGCUCUAAACAACAUUACACCUGUACAAACAAAAGAAUGUGUCUCAAAAUUCGACCUUAAUCCAAGGCAGAUAAAAAGAAUUUUAAUUCGGCGUAAUGUGCGGCGUAAACUUGAAGAAGACGGUAAAGUUGCACCACGUCGUCGAGGAUAUCUUCAUGAAUCUCGUCACCAGCAUGCAUUACGUCGUGUUCGCGGAAUGCGGGGUCAGUUUUGCCGGUUGCAGGCUGAAGACAGUCCUUCGCUUUGA